GGAGGAGCGGGGAUCCUCUAGGGAGGAGGCACCCCUUUCAAAGUCCCCCACGCUGCUGCAGCCUCUCCCGGCUGUCGGGGGCACAGGCCCCUCCUGGCUCCCACGGGAUGAACUGCUAACCCUGCUCGUGAGCCUGGUUCAUGCUGGUGGAAUCCUCGGGACUAGAGCCCAGCAGGACUCCCCCGGUUCUCCGGGCCGACACCCCGUGCAGCGCCGCCCGACCCCAGCCAUGAACUUCCUCCGGCGCCGCCUGUCGGACAGCAGCUUCGUGGCCAACCUGCCCAACGGCUACAUGGGCGACCUGCAGCGGCCCGACAGCUCCACCAGCUCCCCCGCCUCCCCCGCCAUGGAGCGGCGCCGCCCGCAGCCCCUGGCCGCCUCCUUCUCCUCGCCGGGCUCCAGCCUCUUCAGCUCCUUCUCCAGCGCCAUGAAGCCCACCUCGCCCGCCCCGGCGGGGCUGGUGGAGCCCCCGGGCCCUGCCACGCCCGUGGUGCAGAGGCCCCGGGUCCUGCUGGUCAUCGAUGACGCCCAUACGGACUGGGCCAAGUACUUCCACGGGAAGAAAGUGAACGGCGAGAUCGAGAUUCGGGUGGAGCAGGCAGAAUUCUCCGAGUUGAAUCUGGCCGCUUACGUCACGGGGGGCUGUAUGGUGGACAUGCAAGUCGUGAGAAAUGGGACCAAGGUGGUAAGAUCCUUCAAGCCGGACUUCAUCCUGGUCCGCCAGCACGCCUACAGCAUGGCGCUGGGGGAGGACUAUCGCAGCCUGCUCAUCGGCCUGCAGUACGGGGGGCUGCCUGCCGUCAACUCCCUCUACUCCGUCUACAACUUCUGCAGCAAGCCCUGGGUGUUCUCGCAGCUCAUCAAGAUCUUCCACUCCCUGGGUCCUGAGAAGUUUCCGCUGGUGGAACAGACCUUCUUCCCCAACCACAAGCCCAUGCUCACAGCCCCGCAUUUCCCCGUGGUGGUGAAGCUGGGUCAUGCCCAUGCCGGCAUGGGAAAGAUCAAGGUGGAAAACCAGCACGACUAUCUGGACAUCACCAGCAUCGUGGCCAUGGCCAAGACCUACGCCACCACCGAAGCCUUCAUUGACUCCAAGUAUGACAUCCGCAUCCAGAAAAUCGGAUCCAACUACAAGGCCUACAUGAGAACCUCCAUCUCCGGAAACUGGAAGGCCAACACCGGCUCCGCCAUGCUCGAGCAGGUGGCCAUGACCGAGAGGUACAGGCUGUGGGUGGACAGCUGCUCCGAGAUGUUCGGCGGCCUGGACAUCUGUGCCGUCAAAGCCGUCCACAGCAAGGACGGCCGUGACUUCAUCAUCGAGGUGAUGGACAGCUCGAUGCCCCUGAUUGGGGAGCACGUGGAGGAGGACAGACAGCUGAUGGCCGACCUCGUUGUCUCCAGAAUGGGCCAACUCCUGGUGCCCGGGGGCACCGUGCCCUCGCCCCUGAGGCCUUGGGCUCCACAGAGUAAACCAGCAAAGUCCCCGCUUGGACAGCCCCAGCCUCGCCCACCCACACAAGGUGGCCCUCGCCAAGCUCAGUCUCCUCAGCCCCCGCGAUCUGGAAGCCCAUCUCAACAGAGGCUCUCCCCUCAAGGCCAGCAGCCCCUGAGCCCCUCGUCGGGAUCUCCGCAGCAGCGAUCACCCGGCUCCCCGCAGCUGUCCCGGGCAUCAGGGGGCAGCUCUGCAAACCAGGCCUCCAAGCCAGGCUCGGCCCUGCCCUCCCAGCCCCGACCCCCCAUGCAGGGCCGCAGCACCUCCCAGCAGGGGGAGGAGUCCAGGAGGUCGGCGCCACCCCACCCCCAUCUCAACAAGUCCCAGUCCCUGACCAACAGCCUCAGCACUUCAGACGCAUCCCAGCGUGGGCCCCCGAGUGAAGACGAGGCCAAGGCCGAAACCAUCCGCAACCUGAGGAAGUCUUUCGCCAGCCUCUUCUCGGACUAAGAGGUCCGGGCUGGGAGUGGGGGCUCUGGCCCUCUCCCCACUCCUGCUUCAUCUUUCCUCCUCAGCCUUGGUUCCGAGGCGAGCCGGAUGGAGGCCUGAGCAGACCCUCAGGGACCUUCACCCAGGAAGUGCACGCGUGCCCUGCCCUCCCUCAGCCACGCCAGUCAGCGCUGGCUGCCUGGGUGAUGGACUAGAAGACGGGCCCCUCACCCUGUCCCCGUUAAUCCCCCCUCCACAGCCCCCGUUUGCCUGCUCCCCUGCCUCAGAUAACCCAGUGACGUGUCUGUGUGUGGCUAGUGUUCCCAUUUCUUGUCGGUGUUUUGCUUGUCUUUGGGCCGAGGCCCUUUUGCCCCGGUUCCUCCUCCAUCAUCCGCUGUCUCUGCCAUCGGACCUCAGCCAUACUGGGCCGCAAUAAGCUCUCGAUGGUGUUUGGCAAUGAAAGGAGAAUCAGUAGCACGUCAGCCACUGUUUGAGGUGAAGGGUGAACCGAGGAGACCCCAAAGCCUCCGCUUACUGCAUCUCAUAGUCCUGCUGGGUCCAUAUCUCUGGGACAGUUGCCUCGUGGCACGGUGGGUUGCACUCUCUGACUUCACUUGUCCUCUGUUCCGGGCCAGGGCCAGACACACGGAGUGGACGCUGCUGCUUUCGGUUCCACUCUCAGUACACUACGUGAGACCCCCAGGGUUAGGUGGGGGUGGGCCUUGGGGCCACCAGCCCCACGCUCAGUCUGCAGAGGAAGUUGGGGAUGGGGAGCUCGAGUUUAUAAGCCCAUAGAACUCUGCUGGUGCCUCCUUGUUGCUGCCUGGUGAAACCGUCUCUCUACCACCUUCGAGAGGGAAAGGCGAGGCAGAAAGGAGACUCGCCGAACACACAUGCACACAAAGAUAUUCAUCCCUGUCUCCCAUCACCUACUUUAUUGGUUCAAGAUUCUCUUCUUACUGGGCCUGGUGUUUGGUUUUGGAAGUCACUCUUGGGUCACUCUUGGGAUCCUGC